AUGAAGAAAGAGUAUCCUAAUCCGGUGCAGGCAAGCAGAGGGCAGAAGGCCUUGCAACCAAACCACUUCCACCUGGCCGGCAAGGUGGUUUACUUUGUGUUCUGGCAGUUUUUCUUUGGAGAGCUCGUGCCAGUCAUUUAUUGCCCGAAGUGCGGAAAGGUGGACAAGGUGACAUCCGAUGGCUGGACUGGGGUUUCAGAGAAGAUUCGCCGCGUGUGCAGUGCGAACGCGCUUGCAUUUCUCUUCAGCAAGGUUUUUCGCUGUGGGAAGGGCAGAAAGAAGGGCGAGGGCUGUCCAGCGAACGACGGGAAGCCCUACCAGUUUCGCUCCCACGAUGAGGGUGUGCUGGAGCAGCUGCGGCGACAAUGCCCUGCGGUCCUGGAUCAGCUUCCGAUCGUGUUUACCCGUGGUGGGGCUAUCGAGCGCAGCCUGCUAGACACCAUGGUCCGGAAUGUAGCAAGCAGUACUUCUAUUGCCGACCAACAGAAGAUGGUACGUGAAGCCCAUAUGCGCACUUUCACGCAGCAGAAGGUUACCUACAUUCAGUAUGCGGCAGCGCGUGCCAAACUUCGACAGCAGGAGAGCGGUGCACACCUAUAUCCUGGGCGUGCUCAGCAGCCGCCCCCCCCCCCCUCUGAUUUCGGAGAGUACGCGGACAAGGAAGGCUACCGAGGUUGGAUCCCUUCAACGUCCUGGAUAGCAGGUGUUAUUCUAGCGUCUCUGAAUUCGCGGCUUGCGUUUCUUGAACGCCAUCUGGCUGCGGUGGAUGGGGUUUUCUGGCGAGGGGAUCACACCUUUCAAGCAGCCUCCCGGAUCCGCUCUGCUGACGGGCGGAAGGACUACACAGCUAUCUACUCGAUAAUGAAUGAGUGGUCGCAGAUUGUGGGUCAGUGGGCUGUGGGCGACACCUCCUUUGACGAGUACGCCACUGGCGUUCAAGAUGUGCUCAAGCGCUAUGAUGCCCUUGGGUACCAGCUGCCCAAGUACAUGUGGGUUGAUAACUCCCAAACUGUAGCUGCCCAGCUGUACGACGCCAUCCCCAGUUUGAGCAGAGUUUUGGAGGACGCCACACAUGUCAUGCGGCGGGUGUUCGAGAUCAUUCCCGAUGGCCACUCCCUCAAAGCCGACUUCUGCCGGGACUACUCGAGCGCAAUCUUCCAGAUCCACCAACAAGACAAGUGGGCUCUGCGAGAGUUCCUCCUGGCUGGAGGUCCAGGAAGGCGGAAGUGGACACAGGCAGAGGGUGGCCGCUAA